UCCGUUCCCUAUAAAUAUAAGAGUAGAGGGAAGAGCAUAGGGAAAAAGACAAAGAGAGAAAUGGUAGCAAGCGGAUGCUUUUCAAACGCUCCUGUUCUCAACGCUUCGAGCGGCGUUGGUCACGUUAUCAAUGUCGGUGGUGUUAACUCCUACGUCACCGGUUCUCCUCUCGCCGUUCUCGCCAUUCUUCUUGUUUCUGAUGUUUAUGGAUUUAAAGCACCACUUCUAAGGAAAAUUGCAGACAAGGUUGCAGAUAAUGGGUAUUAUGUCCUGGUUCCUGACUUCUUGCAUGGUGACCCUUAUGAUCCUAAGAAUGUGUCAAGGCCAACCCGUGUUUGGUUAAAAGAUCAUGAACCGGGAAAAAGCUCUGAAGAAGCAAAAUCUAUUAUUGAAGCCUUGAAAAGAAAAAAUGUUUCCGCUGUUGGAGUUGCUGGUUUUUGUUGGGGAGCUAAGACCGUUACCAACCUAGCAAAAACUGAACUCAUCCAAGCUUCUGUGCUAUUACAUCCAUCAUAUAUAGUUGUGAAUGACAUCCGUGGUGUUAAUGUUCCAAUUGCUAUACUUGGAGCAGAGCAUGACUCACUCUCUCCUCCAAAGCUUGUGAAAGAAUUUGAAGAAGUCCUGAAAGCUAAACCUCAGAUUGAUAGUUAUGUAAAAGUAUUUCCUAACGUCUCACAUGGUUGGACUUUGAGGUACGACCCUACAGAUCCUAAAGCUGCUAUGGCUGCAGGGAACGCUCACAAAAUCAUGAUAAAUUGGUUUGAUAAACAUCUUAAGAAGUAAGAAA